GAGGCCGUCCGACCGGCGAUGAGCUCCUGACAAAACCCCGACCAAGGAGCAGCAGAAGCCGAAGUAGCUCUUUCCAAAUUUCCCGGUACAAAAAGCCGAGUGUUAGAUGCAGCCUCCAGCCCACAAAAAGGCAGACACGUUUUCUCCGAGGGAGCCCCUGCCUGGAUUACAUUCCGCUUUCGCCUCGCCGUUUCCGAUGAAGAAUCUCUCUGCUGCAAAUCCACCCACAUGCAUCUAGCAGACAGAAACGAAGACACAGGAGCACUCCUUACCAGAGUGCCUACCUCCACUGACUGAAGCCCUACCCGAUUCUCCACAGUCGCCAUCCUUCCCUUUGAGGAACCAUGCGUCUGACCGGGACGGGCGGUGCUCUGGUCCAAUCCUGGAGCUCUGUUUGCCUUAGCCCCGCCGCCCUGACUCUGCUGCUGCCUUUGAUGGUCCUGCUAACAUAUCCACAGUGCUCUGAAUCGGCAGCCCUGGCUCCUCCAAAGUUCACCAAGAUUCCCACAGAUCAGAUCGGAGUGUCGGGAGGGGUGGCAUCAUUUGUGUGCCAGGCCAACGGGAAUCCCAGACCGGUCGUCUACUGGAACAAGAAGGGCAAGAAGGUCAACUCCCAGCGUAUCGAGACCAUAGAGUUUGACGAGGGUACAGGUGCCGUGCUGAGGAUCCAGCCGCUGCGAGCCCCCAGAGACGAGAACAUCUAUGAAUGUGUGGCACGCAACAACCAGGGAGAGGUGUCCAUCACUGCCAAGCUGGCCAUUAUCAGAGAGGACCUCCUGCCCUUUGGCUUCCCCAGCAUUGACAUGGGCCCUCAGCUGAAGGUGGUGGAGCGCACCAGGACAGCCACCAUGCUGUGUGCUGCCAGCGGCAUCCCAGACCCCGAGAUCUCCUGGUUCAAGGACUUCCUCCCGGUGGACACCAGCACCAACCAAGUCCGCAUCAAGCAGCUCCGAUCAGGAGCUCUCCAGAUUGACAACAGUGAGGAGACUGACCAAGGAAAGUACGAGUGCGUGGCUACCAACUCUCAGGGAGUGCGAUACUCCUCUCCUGCUAACCUAUAUGUGCGAGGAGCAACAGACACAUUGCGCCGCGUGCCCCCUCGCUUCUCCAUCCUCCCCUCCAACCACGAGAUCAUGCCUCAUGGGAGCGUCAACAUCACCUGUGUGGCGGUGGGGUCGCCCAUGCCGUACGUCAAGUGGAUGCUGGGCAGCGAGGACUUGACCCCAGAAGACGAGAUGCCCGUCGGGAGGAAUGUUCUGGAGCUGAACGGAGUCAGAGAGUCGGCCAACUAUACCUGUGUGGCCAUGAGCAGCCUGGGCAUCAUCGAGGCCACUGCCCAGGUCCUUGUUAAAUCCCUGCCCAAUGCUCCUGGCACUCCUGUUGUGACAGAGACCACAGCCACCAGUGUGACCAUCACCUGGGACUCUGGAAACCCCGACCCCGUCUCUUAUUACAUCAUCCAGUACCGAGCCAAAGGACCGGACAACAAGUAUGAGACCGUGGAGAGCAUCACCACCACCCGCUACAGCAUUGGAGGACUCUACCCCAACACUGAGUAUGAAAUACGGGUGUCAGCAGUGAACAGUAUAGGCCAGGGCCCCCCCUCUGCCCAAGUUCAUGCUCGCACUGGGGAGCAGGCUCCAGCCAGCCCUCCACGGAAUGUCCAGGCUCACAUCAUAUCUGCAAACACUGUGAUGGUGCGCUGGGAGGAGCCAGAGGAGCCCAAUGGACAGGUGAAAGGGUAUCGUGUCUACUAUACUAUGGACCCCUCCCGUCCCAUGAAUGAGUGGCAGAUCCACAACGUCCAGGACAGUGUCAUCACCACUGUGCAGAACCUGGUUGCCUCAGAAACAUACACUAUUCAAGUGCUGGCCUUCACCUCGGUGGGGGAUGGGCCUGCCUCUGACCCAGUGCAUGUUAAAGUCACACCUGGAGUUCCUGGGCAACCAGGUAAAUUCCGAGUGGGCAAAGUGACGGACACUAGCAUCGAGCUGAUAUGGGAGCCUGCAUACACCAAGGAGAGCAUAGUCAACUAUGAACUUCUCUACAGACCUGUCAAGUUUGGGAGCGUGGAGAAACUGACCUUCGGACCCAGGAGUUCGUACACAGUGGUGGGCCUCCAGGCAGAUACAGAAUACUCCUUUUCCCUGGCUGCCACCUCCAACAAAGGCCUGGGAGCGUUCACCAAUGAGCUGGUGCAGAGGACGUCACAAGCCAAGCCCUCUGCUCCACCUGAGGGGGUGUCCUGUGAGAGUGUCAGCUCCACCGCGCUCAGAGUCAUUUGGAAGCCUCCUCCAGUAGAGGAGCAGCAUGGACAGUUAGCUGCUUAUGAGCUCAGCUAUCACAGAGUGUCUGGAGCUGAAGGCGAGGGGCAGGGCCAGGUGAAUGGGCUGUCUAUCCCCCCUCAGCAGGGGCACACACAGGUAGAAGGGCUGGAGAAAUGGAGCUGGUAUAACAUUACAAUGGCUGCCUCCACUGCUCGUGGGACAGGACCUAAAAGCCCGGCUGUGCUGUGCAGAACUGAUGAGGACGUUCCUGGAGCAGCACCCCGUCAAGUUGAUGUGCAGCCUCUGAACUCAUCAGCACUGCAUGUCACCUGGCGACCUGUAUCGCCACGGUUACGCCAAGGCCAGAUCCGGGGUUACCAGGUGCACUUCAGCACCACGGGGAGCAGUGAUUCACGAAAUCUGCCUCGGAUCAAGGACCUCCUACUGGACGAGUCCCAGAUGGAGGAGACUGACUCCACUCAGUAUGAGAUGAUUUUGGGUGGGCUGAAAGCAGAAACCUUGUACUCUGUCUCUGUGGCUGCGUACACCACCAAAGGAGAUGGCGCACACAGUAAAGCAAGACUGGUGCAGACCACAGGAAUUGUACCUGGCCCCCCAAACUUCUGGAUACGCCCUAGUCGUGGUAAAUCAGUGAUUAUUUGGUGGGUUCCUCCACAGGACACUACUGAGUCUGACAAAAAGGGACGUCCAGUUGAAAUCCUGGGAUACCAUUUGCAGUUUGGACUGAAGAACAGCUCCUUGAACAGCUCAGUCAUUUUCUCUCCCCAAGAGAGGAACUACUCCCUCAGUAACCUCUCCCUGGGAACGCCUUAUGUUUUUGUCCUCUCUGCUAAGAGUAAAGCUGGCUACGGAGCUUUGUCGCAGCAGGAAAUAACCCUUCCAAUGUGCCCACCCUCGGGACCCCCCAAAAUAUCUGACUUUGUUAAUGCCACUUGCUGUUCUCUGCACCUCUCCUGGCAGCCUCCUGUCCCAGAAGACUGUAAUGGUGCCAUCACUGAGUACACGAUUGCUUAUAAAAAGGCAGUGAGCCAGAAACCCCCGGUUAUCCCUGAUGCCUCUUCAGGAUCUGCCCCCUCUGCUCCCCCGUGGCAUGUCACACUAUCUGCCACAGAGUCCAGCUACAUCAUAGUUGGCCUCAAUCACAGCACAGCCUACGAGGUGCAGCUCAGAGCCCACAACAAGGCAGGGCCAGGGCCAUUCAGCCUACCCCGUGUGUGCCACACACUGGCCUUUGAAACAGAUGUUCCAAGGAAUUUCUCAGUCAAUCUGGCCACAAAGACCAGUGUCCUUCUGACAUGGGAGUUUCCAGAGAGCAGUAACUCCUAUCGCUUCACGGUGGAGUAUAACCAAAGGAAGAUGGAGGUGGAUGCUCGUCUGAGAAAGGCUGUGAUCCCAGACCUGCAGCCUAACACCAGCUAUGACUUUAUGAUCACCGCUCCAGAGGGAAACAUGGGAGGCCUUCGUCACCGCAUCACUGCCAAAACCUCUCCUCCAAUGACUAUCCGCCGCCCCGAGAUCGACCACACCCGCGACACAGAAGCCACAGUCACAAUCAUACUCCCAUCACUAGAGACGAGAACGCCGGUCAAGAACGUUUAUGUGGUAGUGGUCCCAUUAAGGAAAGCCCGUGGCGUCAUCAGAGCCCUCAAGAGCCCAGACGAAAUGGACCUUGAGGAGCUAUUGAAGGAUAUCAGUCAGAAGCAGAGAGAUUCCAGGCAGCAGAGGACAGUGGACCUAAGGCGAGCGUACAUCACGGCCCGCUUCACACCUGCCACUCUGCCGGCCUUUUUCACCCUGGGGGACCAGCUGGACUACGGGGGAUUUGAGAACCGAGCACUAGAGCCAGGCCAAGAAUACGUCUUCUUUAUUCUGGCUGAACUCAACUCCACAACUGGGAAAAUGUAUGUAGCCAGUCCAUACACAGACCCAGUGAUUGCUCCAGAUUCGGACCCCCAACCUCUGGAUGCUGGAGAUGGUCUGAUUUGGGUGGUGGGACCUGUCUUAGCUGUGGUCUUCAUCAUUUGCAUUGUGAUUGCUAUUCUUCUGUACAAAAACAGCCAACCUGACAGCAAGCGAAAAGACUCUGAACCAGGAACCAAAAGUCUUCUUAGUAAUGCUGAGAUGAUGGCUCACCACCCAACAGACCCUGUAGAGAUGAGACGCAUCAACUUCCAGACUCCUGGAAUGAUGAGCCAUCCUCCGAUCCCCAUCGCUGAGCUGGCGGAGCACAUUGAGCUGCUGAAAGCCAAUGACAACCUGAGACUGUCCCAGGAGUAUGAGUCUAUCGACCCGGGCCAGCAGUUUACCUGGGAACAUUCCAACCUGGAGGUCAACAAGCCCAAGAACCGCUAUGCUAACGUCAUCGCCUACGAUCACACUCGAGUGGUUCUGGCACCCAUCGAAGGUAUCUUGGGGAGCGACUACAUCAAUGCUAACUACAUAGACGGCUACAGGAAGCAGAACGCCUACAUAGCCACCCAGGGACCACUUGCUGAAACUUUUGGAGAUUUCUGGAGGAUGGUGUGGGAGCAAAGAGCUGCCUCUGUUGUUAUGAUGACACGUUUGGAGGAGAAGUCUAGGAUAAAGUGUGACCAGUACUGGCCAAGUCGAGGUACAGAGACCUACGGCAUGAUCCAAGUCACUUUGCUGGACACAAUGGAGCUAGCCACAUUCUGCAUUCGCACUUUUUCCCUACACAAGAGUGGCAGUAGUGAACGGCGAGAGGUGCGACAGUUCCAGUUUACAGCCUGGCCCGAUCAUGGUGUCCCAGAAUACCCCACACCUUUCCUCAACUUCCUUCGUAGAGUUAAGUCCUGUAACCCUCCUGAUGCUGGACCCAUUGUUGCUCACUGCAGUGCUGGUGUCGGUCGGACUGGAUGUUUCAUUGUCAUCGACGCCAUGUUGGAGCGCAUUCGGCAUGAGCGUACAGUGGACAUAUAUGGUCAUGUGACUCUGAUGAGGUCACAGAGGAACUACAUGGUGCAGACAGAGGACCAGUACAGCUUCAUCCACGAGGCCCUGCUGGAGGCUGUGGCCUGUGGGAACACUGAGGUGGCUGCCCGGAGCCUGUACUCUUACAUGCAGAAGCUGUCCAAAGUGGAGAGUGGAGAGCAUGUCACCGGCAUGGAGCUGGAGUUUAAGCGUCUGGCGAACACCAAAGCCCACACAUCCCGUUUUGUCACAGCCAACCUGCCUUGCAACAAAUUCAAGAACCGACUCGUCAACAUCAUGCCCUAUGAGACCACCCGUGUCUGCCUGCAGCCAAUCAGGGGCCUGGAGGGAUCGGACUAUGUCAACGCCAGUUACAUAGAUGGAUACAGGCAACAAAGAGGCUACAUCGCCACGCAAGGUCCACUGGCUGAGACCACAGAGGACUUCUGGAGGAUGCUAUGGGAACACAACUCCACAAUAGUGGUCAUGCUCACCAAAUUGAGGGAGAUGGGACGGGAGAAGUGCCACCAGUACUGGCCUGCGGAGCGCUCAGCCCGGUACCAGUACUUUGUGGUGGAUCCCAUGGCGGAGUACAACAUGCCUCAGUACAUCCUGCGGGAAUUCAAAGUUACAGAUGCAAGAGAUGGCCAGUCUCGCACAGUACGCCAGUUCCAGUUCACUGAUUGGCCAGAACAAGGCGUGCCCAAAUCUGGAGAAGGCUUCAUAGAUUUCAUCGGUCAGGUGCAUAAAACAAAGGAGCAGUUUGGGCAGGACGGUCCCAUCACUGUCCAUUGCAGCGCUGGUGUGGGGCGGACAGGUGUCUUCAUCACUCUGAGUAUUGUUCUGGAGAGGAUGCGUUACGAAGGGGCCGUGGACAUCUUUCAGACUGUCAAAAUGCUGCGCACUCAAAGACCAGCCAUGGUGCAGACUGAGGAUGAAUACCAGUUCUGCUAUCAGGCUGCUCUGGAGUACCUGGGUAGCUUUGAUCACUAUGCAACGUAGGCAAACAAGACCACCAUUCCAUCUAUCUUUCCUCUUCGAAGGAAACGUCAGAGAGAGUGAAAGAACGAAAGAAAGACAACUCGAAAAAUCUGCGAAUAUUGAACUUCUUGGAGCAAAGAAUCAAAGAUGAAUCCUACACCUACUAAGGACAAAAAGCACCAACACAAACACAAGCAACAAGAUUUCUGUGUAGCGCCCACACUCGUCAGACGGCUUCCUCUAGGGGGCUCCACUGAGAUGUAUUUGUGGGUGUGGAGACUGUCAUGUGUAAUCCAUAUACUUACCUCAGUGUUCCAGUGUGAAGGACUUACUAUAAUACAUGUGUGUUGUGGUCAGCUAUCUACAAUAUGAAACAGUGAAAUUACAAGCGGCUUCAGAACAGGAAAUAUAUGUGUAUAAAAAAGCAAACAAAAAUACAAAGAGCCUGGAUAUUUGCUGCACCCUGAAUGGGCUUUUUAUCCUUAAACUUUGUAACUAUGGUGAACUGAGGGGUUGUUAAGGUGGACAUUUCUAUAUGUGUUCUUGCGUCUCUUUCUGGUUUUAAGCAGAUGACUAGGCUGAGAAAGAGAUCACUAACUAACUCGCCACCUUGAAGACAGAGGAUGCUUACUUACAGCACAGUGCCAAGAGAAACCCUACUAUGAACUGUGGCCUAUGAGAAGAGAUGGCGCCCCCUAUCACCCCAGCGUAACACAACACCUGUGGCAAGACAAGAACAACUCAAGCUGGCACGGGAAUCAGUUCACAAGUCCAAGGCAAACAUCUGGCCUUGGGAGACAUGUUAAAAGUCCAUUGUACCCUCAACAGGGCUCAGAUUUGUUGCCCAGUUCUAUUCCAUCAUUCGCUCGCUUGCUAUUUUGCUCUAGUCCUUGUUCAUCCUCAAGCUCUUGAUGUCAGUCUCAUUUUGUUUCACUAUAGCAGGGGCUCAUUUAAAGAGACAAAUGACUUGCACCAAUCCAACAAAAAAGUCUAUCACACACACAAAAAAAACAUUUUCUUUCUUCUCGUGAAUCAAAAAAGCACUUCAGCCUAUACAGAUUAAAGCUGUAAUUUUAUGUUUGCCUUACACCAACUGACAUUUUUUUUAAACAUGCUGCUUACUGGUUUUCCUGUGUCGUGUGCAAUAUUUUCCUCGUACAGUAUCUGAAUCGGAGGCAGGACUUACUGUCUGUCUCUGAAUUAUCAAGAAGCAUAGCCACUUUUGUAGGACAUUUAUGAGCAAAUACUAUUCAAAUGACCUACCCUCCCAAAUCUUUACUCAGAGCAGUUGAUGUAUCCCUUUAUUACUAGAACCACUGCACAAUGCUUUUGCUAAAUGUUGUUAUGUUACAUACACAGAUCAGGCUUUAACAUUAUGACCAUAUCUCUACAGUAUAUCAAGGAACGAAAGGUUUUAAUGCACAAAAUACGCAAGCCAACAGUUUUUGAUAGUAGUACGAUAAUGAUGAUAGUUUGAUGAUUGGCGCAUUGUCAGCACAGCAAGUGGUCGUGGUGUUAAUGCCUGAUUUGUGUACAGUGGGUCCCAUGUGGUGUUUUAGGAGCACACUGGUCAGAUUUUUGUACAUAACAGUCGGCCAUUACAGUCCCUUACAGUACAAGUACAGUCUGAGCACAAGAUAUUACGUACAUGGGAUCAAAUGUGUCGUAGUUCUAAUCGUCUCAAAAAAGCCUUAUUGUUAUCUUUGUCAUAUUUAUUUAAUGUCUUUAAAUAUAUUUAUGAAUUCAUUUUGUUUUUACUAAUGUUUGUUUUUUAUUAAUUUAUUUGAAAAUAUAGCAAAUAUAACCAAUAAGAUGUCGUUUAGUUGGCGAGCCAUUGUUAAAGUGUAUUGUCAUUGAUGUUUUUUUUUAUAUUUUUAAUGGCAGUUUUGGUGCUUUUUUAUUUGCUAUGCCCUCUGUGUAGGGUGCUAUUUGAUACUGAUGUCUGUUUAGUUUAGCAAGAGAUGUACAUUAGACCAAGGUUUGCAGUAGUUUACAAUGGUGCCGUAAGGACGCUCCCCUCAACAUUCUUUCACCAGUACCUGAGGUGUUCUAGGGCAUCAGAAAAGCUAGUUAUUUAGAGAAUUGUUGGUAAAUAAACCUCAACAAGGGGUUACUAUUUAGUUUGCUGGGAAGCACAUGGUAGCAAGUGUAUUUUUCUGACAGAGAACGGGUGAGAAGUGCCCACAUUUACAUCCCUUGUUUAAAAUCUGAAAUUAUUCUAGUAUAAAAACUGUGUGUGGUCCAGAAGUCUUGACCGUGUGUGACAUAUAUCAAAUAUGUUAUCUCUUCGAUUUCUAAUAAUUAUUGUGUCAAGAGAAAUAUUGUGGCGCACACGCAUACAAGCUGCAUAAAAGACGUGUGGAGGGCCAGCUCUGGUGAUGCCAUCCCUUUCACUUCUGUACCUGUUCUUUCCUUUCAACUAUGGAUGUAGAUAUUGU